AUGACCAGUUCUGUACAAACUGUAACUGAAGUGGAGCCAAGUGUAGAACUACACAGUUUUCAGGAAGUCUUGUGUGAAAAAUUAAUCACUUAUCAGGUUCUACGGCUUCAAGAUUCCAUCUUUAUAUGGAUAGGAUCUUCAGAAAAUCCUGCUAUGGAAGAUCUUUCUCUAGCUAUCCAGACACAGUAUAGUGACAAACCUUUGGAGACAAGAAUAUUAGGUGUUGGAAAUGAAGACAAUUCUACAACAUUAGCAAAUCACAUUGCUCGUAAAACUAACCAGCCUGCAUAUGUGAGCAUGAAUGUACCUUUUGACAGAUUGUUGUUUCCUGCCAUUGAAAAGAGACUUUUUGAAGAAAUCAAUCAGUGUCCCAAGAAAUUCAAUCUAUAA